CAUAAGUGGAGUACAAAAGAAUAAGAUAUUCUAAUUCUAAUAGAGUAGGUCGAGGCCAUCGACUUCGUCUUCUGUGUGAAUGACCUGCAGGAACGUAAACAAUAUGAAUACUACUUGUCUUCAGGAAAAAACUUAAUUUAUGUACUAGUCAAUUCUUCCCUCUCUGAAUCCUUAAUUACCAUUCAAAUACGCGCUAUGUUCAAGCAAUGUAACUGGCAUCAUCUAUGGAGGCUCGUCUCUCCAUUUUCACCUGUUUCACCUUGCUCUCCUUCCUCUUGAAACCCUCCUUCGCCAUUGAUACCAUAGCUUCAAACCAGAAUCUAACAGACACUGGUGAAACUCUUGUUUCUGCAGGUGGACACUUCGAAUUAGGCUUCUUCAGUCCCUGGAAUUCAAACUAUCGAUACAUUGGAAUAUGGUUUAAAAACGUUCCACAACAAACAGUUUUUUGGGUGGCCAACAAAAACAACCCGCUUACAGAUUCAUCAGGUGUCCUUAUGAUCACUGCCACUGGAAACGUUAUCAUCCUGAGAAACCAAUCAAGCAACCCUGUCUGGUUUUCAAAUUCAUCGGCAACCUCAAAUAAUCCAGUUUUGCAGCUCCUAGACACAGGGAACCUUGUUGUCAAAGAUGUUUCCAGUGAAAACUAUCUAUGGCAAAGCUUUGAUUAUCCCUGUGACACAUUGAUACCAGGCAUGAAACUCGGAUGGAGCCUACAAACUGGCGACGGCUGGUACCUUAGUUCUUGGAGAAGUCUUCAGGAUCCAUCUACAGGGGAUUAUACAUACAAAGUUGACCAUCAGGGUCUUCCACAGUUAUUUGCUCGCAAAGGAACAGAAAUAGUGUAUCGAAGUGGCCCUUGGGAUGGUCUCCGAUUUGGUGGCAGCCGUAGGUUUGAAGAAAACGCAGUUUUCAAUCCUCUUUUUGUCAGCAAUACCGAGUUGAUUUACUAUUCAUUUGAAAACCUUGACAAGAAUACCAUUUCAAGAUUCGUGUUAAACCAGUCAGGUGUGGUUGAACAUGUAACAUGGAACGACAGGCGUGGUGAGUGGGCAGUCAUAAUGAUUAUGCAGACUGUCCGAUGCGACGAGUACGCGCUUUGCGGUCCUAAUGGAUUUUGCGACAUAAACAGGGAUUCUGUUUGCUAUUGUCCGUUUGGGUUUACCCCAAGAGUGCCACGAGACUGGAAUGCUUUAGAUUGGUCUGAAGGGUGUGUUGCAAGGACAUCCUGGAAUUGUAGCUCGGCCACAAAGUUCUUUAAGUUUACGGGUCUGAAGUUGCCAGACCAUUCAGAGAUUUUGGACAGUAACUCUAUGAUGAGUAGAUCGGAGUGUGAGCAGGCUUGCUUGAGGAACUGUUCCUGCGUAGCUUAUGCUAAGGUUGAGGUUAGUGGAUGCGUGAUGUGGUUUGGGAGUUUGAUAGAUGUUAGGCAGUAUAGCCGAGAGGAAUAUGGGAAGGAUCUGUAUGUCAGGAUGGAUGCUUCAGAGUUUGAAUCAAAUAAGAAUGUCAAACGAAGGGCUGUGAUCAUCUCCAUAUCGGUAGCUUCAGGAGUCCUGCUGCUGAUGACAUUAACCUGGUGCUAUCUUACUCGAAAGCGAGGCCUGAAGAAGAGUCCAGCCCAGGAAAUGAACAAUACACAUGAAUUUCAUCCUAAUCCUGAGGAAGAAGAUCUGGACUUACCAUUAUUUGACUGGCUAACAGUUGCAUCUGCCACCAAUGACUUUGCUUUCACAAAUAAGAUUGGUGAAGGUGGUUUUGGUCCUGUUUACAGGGGUAAGCUCCAAACAGGGCAAGAAAUUGCUGUGAAGAGGCUUUCGAAAGAUUCAGGACAAGGGCUGACUGAGUUCAAGAAUGAGGUUAUAUUCAUUGCAAAACUGCAGCACCGGAAUCUUGUUAGGCUCUUGGGAUGCUGCAUUUAUGGGGAAGAGAGAAUGCUAAUUUAUGAAUACAUGCCCAACAGAAGUUUGGAUCGCUACAUUUUUGAUAAAACAAGGGGCACCUCACUAAAUUGGCAGAAUAGAUAUGACAUAAUAAAUGGGAUUGCUAGAGGGCUUCUUUACCUUCAUCGAGAUUCAAGGCUUAGAAUCAUUCAUAGGGACCUUAAAGCCAGCAACAUUCUCCUCGAUGGUGAGAUGAACCCUAGAAUAUCAGACUUCGGCUUGGCAAGAACGUUUGGAGGUGAUCAAUCAGAAGCAAACACAUCUAGGAUCAUUGGAACUUAUGGAUACAUGUCUCCUGAAUAUGCAAUAGAGGGUCUUUUUUCAGUGAAGUCUGAUGUAUUCAGCUUCGGUGUGCUGGUUUUAGAGAUUGUCAGUGGAAAGAGGAACAGAGGAUUUUAUCAUCCUGACCAUGACCUCAACCUUCUAGGACAUGAAGGCACCUUGGGUACUUUCUUCUUGUCUUAGAGCCCACCUUUGCUCCACGGCUUGAAGAGCAUUUACCAGCUCCUUUAGAGAGAGUUUUGACAAAUCCUUUGAUUCCUCAAUUGAGCAGAGCUUGGGCUCAAAUUUUUCGGGUAAACUUACAAACGUCUUGUAAACUACCCUUAUUUCAGGUAAAUCCUCAUUUAACAGCCUCAACUUGCUGACAAUGCCCAUAACCUUCUCGGCAUAAUCCUUUAUAUUUUCAGACUCCUUCAUCAUCAGUAGUUCGAACUCUCUUAGGAGAUUCAAAACUUGGAUUUGCCUUGUUCUUUCGCUCACUUGGAAUUCCUCUCUGAGCUUCUCCCACGCUGCCUUAGCAGUCUCGCAAGCCUUGAUCUUCGUAAAGAUCUGAUCAGUGACAGCAGAAUGCAGGCAUGAGAGAGCCUUGUAAUGCUUGGCAACCUCCUCACUGUGCUGCUUCAUUUGGGCAAUGGUGGGGUUUGCCCUCAAGACGGGUGGCUCUCCUCCCAUCUCCACUACUUCCCAAAGGUUAAAGGCCCUUAGGUAAGUUUUCAUUUUUACCGCCAAAUGGCAUAGUUUUCACCAGAAAAUACCGGUGGCGUGAUAGCAGGAAAACUAGUGGAUGCCAUGUCUGAGUUUCAAGGUCCUCUCGGUUUGGAGCUCUCCGG